AGAAGCAGAGGGAGGGAGAGAGCGUCGGGCAUCUUAAAUUCUUAAUCUCAUAUCGUCAUCUUCUCGCUGCUGUAGCCGUGGCGAUGGGCUUGCAAUGCUUGUGCUUGGGCGGCACCGCCUUCCACACCCUGAAGCUAGCCGCAGUUCCAUCGUAUUCACCCUCGUCUUCCUCCAUUUUCCGGCCACUCUCCAGAGCCCUAUUUCAUGGUGGCCGCUGCCUCCUCCUCCCCCUCCACUCUCCCGUCAAACCCUCGUUUCCGCUUCUUUCCAGAGCUCUUUCCAUUUCUGCCGUCCAGUCCACUCUCAUCGAGGAAAAAGUUAUCAAACCUCAGUGGAAAGCGGCUAUAGAUUUCAAGUGGAUUCGGGAGAACAAAGUGGCUGUUGCGGCCAACAUUAAGAAGCGCAGUUCCAAUGCUAACUUGGAACUGGUUCUUGACCUCUACGACAGAUUGUUAAAUGUUCAGCAGGAAGUUCAAAGGCUUCGUACUGAAAGGAAUGUUGUCGCAAACAAGAUGAAAGGGAAGCUGGAACCCUCUGAGCGUCAGAAGCUAAUAGAAGAAGGUAAGAAUAUUAAGGAAGGACUUAUUACUUUGGAAGAAGACUUGCUCAAACUUGCCGAUGAACUUCAGCUGGAAGCACAGCGAAUACCAAAUAUGACCCAUCCAGAUGUUCCAAUGGGAGGGGAAGAUAGUUCUGUGCUAAGAAAGAUGGUUGGCAACCCCAGGGAGUUUGGCUUCCCUAUCAAAGAUCACCUUCAACUAGGGAAAGAUUUGGAUCUCUUUGAUUUUGACGCUGCUGCAGAGGUCAGUGGAUCCAAAUUCUACUACUUGAAGAAUGAAGCAGUUUUGCUAGAGAUGGCCCUUAUAAACUGGACAAUCUCGGAAGUCGUUAGAAGAGGCUUCACGCCCCUUACUACCCCAGAAAUUGUACGGUCUUCUGUCGUUGAAAAAUGUGGCUUCCAACCUCGUGGGGAAAAUACACAGGUUUAUUCUAUAGAAGGUAGCGAUCAAUGCCUUAUAGGCACUGCAGAGAUUCCAGUAGGAGGAAUUCAUAUGGAUUCCAUUCUAGCUGAGUCAUCCUUACCUUUGAAGUAUGUAGCUUUCUCCCAUUGCUUUCGUACUGAAGCUGGUGCUGCUGGCACAGCAACAAGGGGCCUUUAUCGAGUCCACCAGUUCAGUAAGGUGGAGAUGUUCAUCCUUUGCCAACCUGGGGAAAGUGGUUCUUACCAUGAAGAAUUAAUCAAAAUUGAAGAGGACCUCUACUCAUCAUUGGGCUUUCAUUUUAAAACACUAGAUAUGGCUUCUGGGGAUUUGGGUGCACCUGCUUAUCGGAAAUUUGAUGUUGAGGCAUGGAUGCCAGGCUUAGGGCGAUUUGGUGAGAUAUCAAGUGCAUCAAAUUGUACUGACUAUCAAAGUCGCCGACUAGGAAUCCGGUACCGUCCCGAAUCAUCAUCAACCAAUCUAAAGAAGGGUCCAACAGAGUUUGUGCACACAUUAAACGCCACAGCCUGUGCUGUUCCGCGCAUGAUUGUAUGCUUGCUUGAGAAUUUUCAACAAGAAGAUGGUUCGGUGGUUAUUCCUGAGCCUUUGAGGCCUUUUACAGGUGGGCUUGAGGUGAUCACUCCAAAGUCCAGAUAGGAAGAUGAAAUAUUGCAGGUUUUAUUCUGUAUUUUUGGUGCUGUGCUUCAUAUUUUCAGCAGAAUUUUUAGAAAAUGGCAAAAUCUUAGGUUGGAAGAAUCCAAACUUCCUUUCCAAUUUUGAGUUAACCAUCAAUGUUGUAUAUCAGUUAUCUACUCUAGAUCCUGUCUUUCUGUCAGUUCUAUUCCAUAUUUGAAAGGGCAGCCUUGUUUCAGUCA